GCAGUAGCCUAACUCAUCCCGGAAAUUAGUUUUACGUAGAAAAAAAGUAAAUUUUGACAUGGCGUCAGUCGACCUCCGUAUGUCUUACCUGAGCGUUUUAGCUCUUUUAAACUUUGUUUUUGUAUUCGUGACCGGUACUGACUUUGUGCGUUUCAUCUCCUUCCGAGCCAUUUACCACAACAUCACGGGGGGGUCGGCGCUCUGUCAAGAGUCUGUGCCAUGGUCCGUGGCAAUGAGGGACACAUCAGUCAUCAAGGCUGUGUGUGUAGACCUCAUCCUGUUGGCCCUCUUCACUGUUCAGCAUAGUGUUCUGGCCUGGGCGCCCGUUAAACAGGCCUGUCAGUCUGUCUUGGGAGUGCUAAACCGGGCUAUGUACUGUUCCACAACGGCUCUCGCUCUGCAGGUUUUAAUGCGUUUCUGGCAGCCUGUGACUAACGCCCCCUGCCUGUGGUCGGUGCACAAUGCACCCUGGGACAUCUGGUUCCCUCUGAUCUGCUUCGUUUUUCAUUUUCUGGCCUGGGCGAUUAUCUUCAGUAUCCUACUCAUAUUCGACUAUGGUGAACUGCUGGGAAUCAAACAGGUGUAUUAUGAGUGCCUUGGCAUGGGUGACCCCUUGGCCUUGAAAUCUGCCCGAGCGCAACGGCUCUAUUCUCACCUGCGCCACCCCGUGUGUCUGGAGCUUGGCGUCGUCCUCUGGCUCCUCCCCACCUUCCCGCUGGACAGGCUGCUGCUGGCGGGUUACCUGACCAUCUACCUGGCUCUGGCCCACUCUCUGGACACCCAAGACUGUGCCUAUUUGAGUGUGCAGCUGCGCAGCAAGAUGCAGCUCUUCUCCAUGCCACCAGGUGGCAGUGCUGAGGCAUUGUCAAACACAGCUAACAAUAAUAACAACAACAAUCACAAGCAUGAUUGAAUAUAGGCUGCAGUAUUGAUGUCAUGUGUGUGGGGGAAGAAAUGGGGGAAGAGACGUACCGAAUUAGUCUUCUGACAACCAACAUGGAGACAGGCAAACAAAGAAACAAACACACAAAUCACUGAUGUUUACAGCUGCAUCCGAACUAAAGAGGAGCUACAUAUCACACUGCAGUUACCUUGAAUGUUAAACCGUUAGUGUUUAAGGCAAUGAGGUAGAUUAUGCUUGCUGCAGUACUACAUAAUGUAUGUAAACAUGACUGUUUUCUACAGUCAGCGAAUAGUACUAUUCAGGACAUUGCAAUAUGCAUGCUUGUUGAAGAACAUAAGCGCAUAUUUUUUAGAGAGUUUCAUCUUUGAUGUGUAUAUUUGGGCAUUAUCCAAUUUUAUAGUAUUUCGUGUAGUAGCCUACAUUUUGUACCAAUUGCUGCAUGCAAGGGCUUUUCAUGUAAAUGCCUUUCACCGCAGUUUGGGUUAACAGUCAGAAUAUGAUUGAUCAACCCUAUCAAACAUAUCAGAGUGCCAAGCUAUUUGCUUUGCUAGUAAUGUUCAUUAUAGAAAUGUUCAUAAGUGCAUCUGCAGAAAUGUUACAUUCACAGGGAUUGGAAUUUACCACUUUUCAACAGCCACAAGGAACUAGGCUGCAUUGUUUUUAUUGAUUUAUUUAAGGACCAAAAAAAGCUGCUAAAAGUCUUAACAUGGUGAUUUCCUAAACAAGGGGACAAAAUUGUGCAGAGUGUGUGUAAAUGCAGACGUCAGUGUUUAAUAAUGAGAGAAAUCAAGUGUUGUGUAUUUUUACAAUCAGUAUAAAGACUAAAGUAAUGUAGUUUCUACUUGCACAGAGCUUUGGGGGCCUUUUGCAAAUCCCAACACAGCUUAUACACUGGAAAGACAUAUGUUACUGUCUGAGCUACGCACUAGUCCAUAUAAUGAAAGAUACACUAUAGGCCUAAAGCAUGAGGUUUUAAUAAUAAUAACAAUAAUAAUAAA